AUGUCGAACUCAUCCGCUCAAACAUCAACAGCCCCAGCAAACCCGACAACCUCAGCCGCGCGCAAUCGUGGCAGUCGUGCUAGCCGUCGCAAUUCUCCGGCCCAUGCUGACAGACGGUCGCAAAGACAGCGGUCGCAGCGGGCCGCAUGGGCUUGUGAAAGAUGCCGUCUCAAAAAGCUCCGAUGUGUUGGCGGCCAUCCCUGUGCUGCCUGUCAGCGAGCAGAGGCCGAAUGCGACUUUGGUGAUGGAGGCUCUUCCGGCGACCACACCUCAAGCCUUACGAGCCAGCGAUUACUGCAGCUCGAGAAGACCGUUGUUGAUUUGGUAGCCAGCUUAAACAGGCGCACUCAUCCCCCCUAUUCGGACGCCUCCAGUCAACCACCCGGGCCGCUUACUUCACCUCUCCCAUCUUUGGCCCAGACUGCCCCAUUUGCCCCUUCAGAUCUCACGGGACCUUCUUACCAUGGAUCAACAGCUGAGCUUCCAGCCAUCAUGUCCCGUGUGCAGAGAUCACCUGCUGCCUUAUCGCAGGCGAACACAGUACCGGCAUCCUCGUACGCCGUGCCUGGUUCCCUGCCACGCCCUAGGAGUCAAGCCAUGAAUGCAACCACUCCCCUUAGCACUUCAUCAGUUCCAGAGGAAUUGGGGUCCCGAUGGAUAGCUUUGCAACACAACGCAGCUCCUUUCCCUCCUUUGAUGGGCCAUCCUGCCAUCUGGACCGAAGACGCAGCAGGCGCCAGUCCACAAGGCGAGCAGGAGGAACGGCCAACUAUAGGUCCCACGAGUUAUAGAGCCAACGUGGGACUGAACAGCGAGCCUGUCUCGGAACGUAUCAUCGACGAGGCGUCAGCGAAAGCUCUGUUUAGCCUUUUCGUUCGAAAGUGUCAUCCAUCCUCUCCACUUCUUGAUUCCUCCAGCGACGAAGACGGCCAUUUCAACCAUGUUCGCGCUUCGUCUCCAUUUCUCUUCACUGCGAUCCUAGCAGUCGCUGGCCGUUAUCGUACCAGCUACCGGAACAUGCAACAAACUACGUCAAAUCUGCCACCGAUUUCUGACAGUGCCUUUGAUGCUCUUGCAGAUCUCGCCUAUGCACACCUUGGAUUUGCCCUGUUCCGUAAGCAGCACCGCCUGUUCGACAUACAGGCCACCAUGUUGCUCUCUGUAUGGAUACCAAGGGGUAAUGGGCAAGCUGCAGAUCAGUGGGUGACCAUGGGACUAUGUAAUCGCUUGGCAUACCGAAUUGGUAUUCCAGAUGCCUGUCGCAGCCCCGCCAUCUUGAAUUUCACAGGUUCACAUCAACUCGAGGCUGGCAACAUUCAAGAAAUUAGAAUUGCUUUGUCUCGAUGGUAUACGUGGUUGAACGUUACACAAUACGAAACCUUCCUCAGCCUAGGAUUCGGUCGCCCUCUUACCAACCAAACAAUCGAUCCUGUCCCUCGUCAAUUCCUUAACACGGUGCGAAGAUUGGGACUCGCAGCACAGGUGGAUCUAAAAGCGGCAACCUAUGUGACCAGCUUGGCCGAACUUUCUCCCGUAAGCUUCCGCCCUCUGUCCCUCUUUCACGGGCAGUCUACUAAGUUUCAAUCAUUUCAGAUUGCAACAGACUUGAUAUCCGGGUUGAAAACUUCACGUUCGAGGACUACAAGUGGCCAAGAUUCCGCACAGCCCUCUGGCACAACAUGGCAGAGGACUCUAACACUACUCUCCAAGCUCAACCCAAGACUAGAUGAGUGGCAACGUCAAUGGACGUGGGAUGGCUCUUACGACACCAUCGCACUCGACCAUUACGCAACCUUGGUGAAGAUAUACGGUGAACAUACGCGAUUGUGCUUGAAUUCACUUUCUCUCAAUCUUGUCAUGACUAGUCCGGGAAACGAGUCCCGACAAAACCAGCUGAUAGUGUCGUCCUUGGGCAGGGCAUGCGAUGCAGCAGUUGCGCUUGUGAAGCAUUACUGUCCCACUCCUGGUGCCGAGUCAGUCGUAGCUUAUGGCGGAGAGUAUCUCGUCUUGAUCCUCGGACAAGCUGCCAUGUUCAUCGUGCGAUUACUGGUUGCUCGGCUUUCGCAACUCUUGCCCGUAGACCCAUCGGUUCUGGUUCACUAUCUCAAGAGGGCCAUUGAAGUCCUAGAGUCCAGCAAUAUUUCUGCAACCAACAUUUGUGCUUGGAUGGCCCAGCUCUGUAGUGGUCUCGCCUCCCACGCAGGCGUCGUUCUGGCACCAGAUGGCGACGUUACCGAUGCAAACAUGGCGCGAAAGGAUACCGACCUCCCAGAACUCGAGUGGGACUUUGAUCUUAGCGCCAUAUUGGCCCAAGAUGGCCCGAUCGGAGGCACGGGUCUUGAUCUGGGUCACUACUUUGACUUUUCGAUGUGA